AAUCUGGAGGGAGUGUCUUGUCUGGACCGAGGCCCCCUCCCGGUGAAACUCCGCCCAAUCAGCUGGUUCCUGAAGCUCAGCGGAGAUCAUGAACAAACUUUUCCUCACUUCUGUACAGUCUCACGGUGAACCGAUGGUCGACGUUGCCGCGUUUUGUUCUGGGAGUUAAUUCUUUAGCGGCGCUGAUCCAGCAACAAGUGUGGCCAGCAUGUCCUUGGUGGAUCAGCAGUGGAGUCCCACCAGCGUCCAGGUAACGGUGCUGCAAGCCAGAGGCCUCAGGAUCAAGGGGAAAAGCGGCACCAACGAUGCGUACGCGGUCAUGCAAGUGGGCAAAGAGAAGUUCCAGACUUCAGUGGUGGAGAAGAGCGUGGCCCCGGUGUGGAAGGAGGAGGCCGCCUUCGACCUGCCGCCGCUGCUCCACGGAGCGCACGGCUCGGAGCGCGGCACGCUGCACGUCCACGUCCUGCACCGGGCCUUGGUGGGCCCAGACAAACUGCUGGGACAAGCUGUCAUCAACCUGCUGCAGCUCAGUGAGGACAAAACCCGCAGCAAGACUGAAUGGUUUAAGCUGCUGGAUAAGACCGGAAAGCCAGACAAAGACAGAGGAGAGGUGCUUCUGGACAUCCAGUUCAUGAGGAACAACAUGACUGCCAGCAUGUUUGAUCUUUCUGCCGCCGGUAAAUCUCGCUCUCGCCUCGGCAAGUUCAAGGACAAAGUUCGCGGCAAGAAGAAGGAAUCGGAUUCUGGGUCCAACACGCUGCCGUCCUUCACUCAGAUUCUGACGGACAGCGAGGAGGAGGCCAACGGAGGCGAAGUAGCAGCAAGUAAGGACGGAAAAAGUAAGAAACACAAGAUGAAGUCGCUGUUUUCUCCCAAAUCCAACCUGCAGAAGAACAUGUCUCAGUCUAUGUCGGUUCUGCCGGCGAAGAACUCGACGCUGAGCGGCAGCCAAUCAUCUGGUCUGAAUGUGGAUUCCUCUGAAGGUAAAAAGAAGUUCAAGUUCAAGAUUCACAAACGCUCUGGCAGCUCAGACAGCAAAGAUCCCUCCUCCGGCCUCCAGAAGCAGCUUCCCGUAGAACAGAGCAACUUGUGCAUCAACGGCAGCCACGUUUACUGCGAAGAGCCGCCGACUCGAACGUCUCGCAUCGGCUCAAACUUCAGUCUGGCCAGUUCUGGUCACGGCUCGAUGGAGGAAGUCCCAGAAAACUCUCCUCCAUCUGUUGAUUCACUGAGAGCAGUGAGGCAGUACUCGCCCUGGACGGAGGAGGAGGAGGAGGAAGUGGAAAACGUAAAAGAGGAUGAAUCCAGAAGGGAGGAGGAGGAGGAGGAGAAGGUCAGGAGACAGCAAGAGGAGCUUGAGAGAUUAUCAGAGGAAGAAGAGAGAAGAAAGGUUGAAGAGCAGAGAGUUAAAAGAGAAGAAGAAGAACGGAUGAGGAGAGAAGAGCGUGAAAGAUUAGCAGAGGAAGAGAGAAGAUUAGAGGAACAAGAGAGAAGGAAAAUUGAAGAGGAGGAAGAAAAGAUGAGGGUGGAGGAGGAAAAGGCUCAGGAAGAGAGGAGGAGGAGGCAAGAAGAGGAAGAGGAGAGGGUUAGGAGAGAAGAAGAGCGUAAAUUAGCAGAGGAAAAGAGAAGACUGGAGGAAGAAGAAAGGAGGAGAGAGGAAGAGGAGAGAAGGAGGGAGGAGGAGAGAGCUGAGGAAGAGAGGAGGCAGAGGGAGGAAGAAGAGAGGGUUAGGAAAGAAAAGGAAGAAUAUGAGAGAUUGAUGGAAGAAAAGAAGAAACUGGAGGAUGAGAAGAAAAGGAUUGAAGCAGAGGAGAGAAGGAAAAUCAUGGAGGAAGAAAGGAUGAGGAAGCAGAGAGAGGAGGAAGAGAGGGUUAGGAAAGAAAGGGAAGAAUAUGAGAGAUUGAUGGAAGAAAAGAAGAAACUGGAGGAUGAGAAGAAAAGGAUUGAAGCAGAGAAGAGAAGGAAAAUGAUGGAGGAAGAAAGGAUGAGGAAAGAAGAACAAGAGAGGAAGCAGAGAGAAGAGGAAGAGAGGGUUAGGAAAGAAAUGGAAGAAUAUCAGAGAUUGAUGGAGGAAAAGCGGAAACUAGAGGAAGAGAAGGAAAGAAUUGAAGCAGAAGAGAAACUUAGAAAGGAAGAAGAAGAGAGGAUGAGGAAGGAGGAGGAAGAAAGGAUGAGAAAAGAGCUGAGGAGACGAGAGGAAGAAGAGGAGAGGGUUAGGAAAGAAAAGGAAGAAUAUGAGAGAUUGAUGGAGGAAAAGAGGAAAGUGGAGGAUGAGAAGAAAAGGAUUGAAGCAGAGGAGAGAAUUAGAAAAGAGGAGGAGAAAAGGAUGGAGGAAGAGACGAUGAGGAAAGAAGAACAAGAGAGAAAGCGAAGAGAGGAGGAAGAAGAGAGGGUGAGGAAAGAAAAGGAAGAACAUGAGAGAUUGAUGGAGGAAAAGAGGAAACUAGAAGAGAAACUUAGAAAGGAGGAAGAGGAAAGAAUUAGGAUGGAGGAAGACAGGCGGAGAAAAGAAGAGGAGGAAAAGAGGAGACGAGAAGAACAAGAAAGGAUACGAGUUGAGGAGGAAAAAAGAAAAAGGGAGGAAGAAGAAAGGAGGCGAGAGGAAGAGGAGAGAGCAAGGAAGGAAAAGGAAGAAUAUGAGAGAUUAGAAGAAGAAAGAAUGAAACAAGAGGAGCAGAGGAGGAGAAUUGAGGAAGAAGAGAGAAUUAGAAAAGAAGAGCAAGAAAGGAUAAAGAUGGAGGAGAAGAGGAGGCAAGAGGAAGAAGAGAGGGCCAGAAAGGAAAAGGAGGAAAUGGAGAGAUUAGCAAAAGAGGCAGAAGAAAGGAGGAGGAUUGAGGAAGAGGAGAAAGUUAGAAGAGAGGAGAGAAUUAGGAGGGAGAGGAAAGAAAAGGAGGAGGCAAAGAGGCUGGAGAAGGAAAAGUUAAAACGAGAUGCAGAAGAACAGAAGAAGAUGGAAAACAAAAAUGGACAAAAAACUGCAGGGAAGAAAAGCAAAUUGAACAGUUCGGCUGACGUCUCUUCUACUAAUCCAUUUGAUGAAAACUACUCGUAUAAUCCCUUCGAGGAAAUUCCAGACUCGCCUCCUGGAGCCAGAGAGGCAAACGUUCAGCAAAGGUGUCAGUCUGCUGUGUCAUCUUUGGGAAGCAAGACUGUUUCCAGUGACGAGAAGGAGCUCGUUAGCGCUCAACGGGAGAAGCGACCGGCUCCUCAGCCUCCGGGAAGGAAUCAAGCUGAGAAACUGAGUCAGAGGGAGCAGGAUGCAUCCGCGAGGCAUCUGGGACAAAUUAACACGCACAAUAAAGACAAAGAAGUCAAAACUAUCAGCGUUCCCCCUCAGCGCUCGGUGCAGGUGAUCGACCCAAUCAGCAGAUCUCCCGCAGACUCCAAGAACGGAGAAAGCUCGACGCAAAGCAGCACCGCUAAAGGAACAACAGGCAAACACAGUAAACGUUAUGCACCUCCCCGACCUCGAUCCGUGGAAGAAGAGCCAAAAUCAACCUUGACUGCAGAGACAAAACACACUGUUUAUGGCUUAAAUCCAUUUGAAGACGAUGAGGACGAAAAUGACCCUGGUUCAGUUUGUUGGCCUCCAGCUGCUGAUAAAGAUGCCGCCUCUCAGACCAAAACCAAAUCCUCUAAAGUGGCUCAUGCACCUCCGCCUCCGCAGAACAACGGCACUGUAAUCACCCAAAACACUGAAGGAGGUUGUGUGGCAGAUGAUACUGUACCUGAUGGUGCUGCAAACAAGGCACACGACCCAAAACCUGAGGCCGUAAAUCCUGGGCAGGUCCAGGAGAGUCCAGUCCAGAACACAGUGGAGGCAUGUGUGAAGAAGGAAGGACCACCUGUAGCUGCUCGCAGGCUUCAACCAGUAAAACCCCUUAAUUCUGUGGAGCAGCAGUCGGUCUCAGUGGUUCAAGGGGAAAACCAAUCCACAGGAAUCCACAGUGAAGCUCGAGACAAAGCAAAGGUUAAUGACGCCGGGCUGAAAGGUCCGUUUUCUCAGCUGACUCAGGAGGAACUGAUCUCUCUGGUGCUGAAACAGGAGAACCAGCUCUCAGAGAGGGACAAAAAGAUCUCAGAGCUGGAGCAGUACAUCGACAACUUGCUGGUGCGGGUCAUUGAAGAGCAGCCAAGUAUCCUCAUGUCCAUGAACUCUCUGAAGAAAGCUGCCUAGGUGGAGUCACAGCUGACACUUUAUUCCUGCUGUACCUGAUCAGAUCGUUUUCUAUUAAUCAGACUUUAUUCACACUCAAACUUUAUUUUGAAAGACUAUGUCAAGAGAAAUGGAUAAGGUUUUUGAUUAACAGUAUAUGGAACAGUUAGAUGCCACGGUUGACAUGUCUGCAGAUGAAGUUAAAGGUAAAGAUGAAGAUCAAAAUAAAUACUAUAAGCGAAAUGUUGCAGAGGCCUUUCAGUUUUAGGAUUCUAUCACUUUGUAAUGAAUCUGUUCCUCAAAUACUCAAUUCAAUGAAAUGUAUUUUUUCAUGCGAGUCUCCCAAAGAACACAUUUGAUCUGUAGUUACGGUUUCCAUGUUGCUUUCUACAAAUACUUUUGAUAAAUAUGCAAUGCGGCUAGCAUAAUAAACUUUUUAUUGUAUUUCAUGACAAACCAAAAACUGUUUUUCAAUAUGAAGAAGAGCCAUAUUUUACUGUCAAACUAUGCACUAGUUAUUAUACAGUCUUUUUGCUGUCCUGAAUGUUUACAUGAUUCUGCUAAACCCCAAAAGCACUUUAAUUAGCUUACACUAUUAACACGAUAUACACUGAAUUAUUGUACUGUACCGAGGUUACUGCUUGAACUGCUUUAAUGAAUUUGCAAAAUAAAAUAAACUUUUGAAUGACA